CAGCCGGCUCCCCGGGGCGGCCGGGCGGCUUUCGCUCUGCUCCGCUGUUCUUUUUUAAUAAAUCGUUGAUUUUUUUUAAUAUUUUGUUUUUGGCCCCAAAGCACACCCCAACGCGCACCCCCGGCACAGCGCAGCGCCGAGCGGGACCGCGAGGAGUGAGCGCGGACGCGGAGGUGGGGAGCGGCCCCCGGCCCGGUCCCGGGUUAAUCGGUAACGCGGAGCGAGCCCGGGUGGAAAAUGCGCCGAGCUCCGGGCUCAGGGGAGGAGAUGGUGCCGUGCCCCCGGCCGCUCUGAGCGCCGAGCCGACGCCGGGGUGUCUGUGGUUUGGGGCUUGGGGGUUUUUUUGUUAUUUUUGCUUUUGCUGUUUUUCCCCCCUCUUUUGUUUUUAUUUUAAAUUUUUUUUCCGCUUUUACAAGAAGGAAAGAAAACCUUACCAAGAUUCUCAGAUGGCUUAGACAAAUUAAUAAUAAUCUGUGAAAAUACGAAGUCGACCGGUUCUUGAUUUCCCCCCUUCCCUCCCCUCCAGCUCCCCAGCCCACUGCUGAGAUUGAGCUAAAAGGACCUGUUUCCUGGAGGACGAGGAGAACAGACACGUUUCUGGUGGUGUAGAAGGGACCGAUGGCAAUGCUUCAGAGUGUAGCGGAGACGCAGGAGAGAGAUUCAACCUGUUAACAAAAAAAAUUAAGCAGGGGGAAAAUAUCAACGGGAAGGAAAGAUAUAUAUACAUAUAUAUAUACACGUAUAUAUAUACAAUUUAGAAGUGUUCCCCAGGUGGCCACAAAGCAUGGGCUGUGUUCCAAGCACCAACCUCUCUGACAGCAGAGUGAUCUGUCACAGUAGCAAUGAGUCUGAGGAGUACAAUUUCCCUCACCAGACCAACACAACCAUGUCUCAACAGCAGCAAGGCAACCCCGUCCCAGGAUUAUUCAUUAAAUGCUACAACACAUCCACUUAUGAGGCGAGGACUAAUUCCUCUAAGAAAGACAAGAGGGAGAACAGCCAGAGCAUGGAGGCAGAGGCCCAGACCGGCAGAUCCAAUGUUAAGGCACCAGUAACAGAUGUGCAGUUUGGCCCUAUGAGACUUCAUCAAGAUCAACUUCAGGUACUUUUAGUGUUUGCUGAGGAAGACGAGCAGAGUAACGGGUUCCGCUGGGCGUGUGACAAGGCUGGAUUUCGAUGUAAUAUUGCCAGGACACCUCAGUCUGCACUAGAAUGCUUUCUAGAUAAGCACCAUGACAUUAUCAUUAUUGACCAUAGACAUUCCAGAUACUUCGAUGCAGAGGCAUUAUGCAGGUCUAUCAGAACAACAAAAGCUUCAGAAAAUACAGUCAUUAUUUGUGUAGUACAAAGGCACACUGAUCGUGAAGAGUCAUCAAUAUUGCCCCUGAUCUCUGCUGGCUUCACAAGGAGAUAUGUAGAAAAUUCUAGUAGAAUGGCCUGUUACAAUGAGUUGAUUCAGCUGGAAUUUGGACAGGUGCAGGCACAAUUCAAACUAAGGGCAUGUAAUUCAUUAUUUACAGCAUUAGAGAAAAGUCAAGAAGCCAUUGAGAUCACAAGUGAAGACCAUGUAAUACAGUACGUCAAUCCUGCUUUUGAAACAAUGAUGGGCUAUCAAAUAGGUGAACUAAUAGAAAAGGAAUUAACAGAAGUGCCUAUAAAUGAAAAAAAAGCUGAUUUCCUAGAUACUAUUAAUUCCUGCAUAAAGAUAGGAAAGGAAUGGCAAGGAAUGUACUAUGCGAAAAAGAAAAAUGGAGAUAGCAUACAACAAAAUGUGAAGAUACUACCUGUCAUUGGACAGGGAGGAAAGAUUAGACACUAUGUGUCAAUUAGUAGACUGUGCAAUGACAACAAUAAGGUGGAGAAGACAUGUGAAUGUAUUCAGGCUGAAUCUCAGACAGAUACUCAGACUUGCAGACACAAAGACAUGAGGAAAGGAUCCCUGGAUGUCAGAUCCACAACAUCACGUGGGAGUGAUGGCAGCUCCCAGCGGCGCCGCUCCUCCAUGGCCAGGGUCCAUUCCAUGACAAUCGAGGCUCCCAUCACCAAGGUAAUAAACAUCAUCAAUGCUGCACAAGAGAGCAGUCCCAUGCCAGUUGCAGAAGCUUUAGACCGGGCUUUGGAGAUUUUAAGAACCACUGAAUUGUACUCUCCACAACUGGGGACAAAAGAUGAGGAUCCACAUACAAGUGACCUUGUUGGAGGGUUAAUGACAGAUGGUUUACGAAGAUUAUCAGGGAAUGAAUACAUAUUGUCAGCAAAACAAACUCACCAGGUCGCUGGCAGUCUGAGCUCUCCAAUCUCCCUCAAUGACAUACCCCCACGGAUAACACAGGCAAUGGAAAAUGAGGAGCAGUGGGAUUUUGAUAUCUUUGAACUUGAGGCUGCCACCCAUAAAAGGCCUUUGGUUUAUCUGGGUCUCAAAAUAUUUGCUCGCUUUGGAAUCUGUGAAUUCCUAAACUGUUCAGAAUCCACUCUGAGGUCAUGGUUACAAGUUAUUGAGGCUAACUACCAUUCCUCCAACUCCUACCAUAAUUCUACUCAUUCAGCAGAUGUACUACAUGCUACUGCUUACUUCUUGUCUAAAGAAAGAGUAAAGCAAACUCUGGAUCCGAUUGAUGAGGUUGCGGCGCUCAUUGCAGCCACAGUGCAUGAUGUGGAUCACCCAGGAAGAACAAAUUCCUUCCUGUGCAAUGCUGGCAGCGAGCUGGCAAUCCUCUACAACGACACGGCCGUGCUGGAGAGCCACCACGCUGCCCUGGCUUUCCAGCUCACCACCCGCGAUGGCAAAUGCAAUAUCUUCAAAAACAUGGAGAGGAAUGAGUAUCGAACCCUUCGCCAAGUCAUUAUUGACAUGGUCUUAGCAACAGAAAUGACAAAGCACUUUGAGCAUGUCAACAAGUUUGUCAACAGCAUUAAUAAACCCUUGGCAGCGCUAGAAGAAAAUGGGAAUAAUGGUGAUGGAGAGUCAAUCAAAACUGUUCUCAGGUCUCCUGAAAACCGGAUCCUUAUCAAACGCAUGUUGAUAAAGUGUGCUGACAUUUCCAAUCCAUGCAGACCCAGAGAACAGUGCAUAGAAUGGGCUGGACGCAUCUCUGAGGAGUACUUUGCACAGACUGAUGAAGAAAGGAGGCAAGGUUUACCUGUUGUCAUGCCAGUUUUUGACAGAAAUACUUGCAGCAUCCCUAAAUCCCAAUUAUCAUUCAUUGAUUACUUCAUUAUUGAUAUGUUUGAUGCCUGGGAUGCAUUUGCAGACCUGCCAAAUCUGAUGGAGCAUCUGAAUAAUAACAUUAAAUACUGGAAAGGACUGGAUGGAAGGAACCUGCGAGUCCUUCGACCACCACCAGAAUAGCAGUUAGACCAUGAUGUGUCAUUCACGAGCCAGAUGCAUAUUUAUUCAAGCUCACUUGUAUCUGUGUGAAUUCAGAUUUGUUUUGGUCUCUUCAGUAUUACAGUAAAGCUAGCCCAUGCACUUGGGGAACUUUCACAUUCAAGAGAACACGAGGUCAGCAGUUGACUUCCACAAAGUACCGUGUGUGGACUCGGAUGGAAUCAGCCCACCAAGUGGAAUUACACUGGAUUGCUGCAGUACUUGUACUGAAGAGGGUUUAUUAUGAACAUACUUCUGCAACAUCUUCAUACCAGCAUGUGAAGCUGGAAGACCUUGAAGAGAAUCCUCAUAAAAAGGACAUUCACUAGAAGUUUAUCUAUUGAUAGAGACUCACAGCUUUUAUGACAAAGCUACAUGCUUUUUAUAAGCACUUAAGACAGUUAUGUAGAACAAUCAGACAUUUAAAAUGCAACUGUCUAUGAAAGAAUUUUUGAUCUAUGAAAAAUAGAUGUACUGUAUUUUUUCACAUCACAGAAGGUGCAAUCAUUCACUUCUGAGCACUACUGAAAGUGAGUUCUCCUUAAGAAAUUUAGUAGCAAAUGUAAAAAAUAACACGAGAAUUUUUGAGGUUGAUCGUUAGCAUCUAUGAUUAAAAUGUUAUGUUUUAUUUAUUUUGUUAGAUGUUCAAUAUUUUCUAUGAAUUUAUAAAUACUUAAAAGCCAAAGCCAACUUUAGAUGCAUUAUAAAUUUACAUGAUUCAUACUCAUUAAUAUACAUUUAAUUGAUGUACAGACCUUUUAUUUUCAUAAUGCAAAUACAAAAUACUAUACAAUGAUACAUUUUUAUUGCACUGUAAGGAUAGAUGUGUAUGUUUAAAUAUUGUCUGAUUUAUGUUAAUUAAAGUAAGUUUUAUUAAAAAGGUCUCACUUGAGAAUAGUAGAAUAAACAAGAACUGUAUACUGUCUGAACACCAGAACUGCAGUAGUUCUCCCACAAACCAGUGAGGACCACCUGACCUUCUCUUGGCUACAAAAAUAAUAAUAUGUUGGAACUCUUUGUUUUCUCCCAUGGCAUUUUAUGACUGAAUUCCCUGUUAAAGUCUGCCUUAUUUUAUAUAGUAUUUCUACAAAGCAUUCCACAGCAUAUAUGAAGAGGUGAUACUGAACAUCUAAUGAAUUUCAACAUUUUAUAGCCAAUGUAUUUUCCUCUGCCAUAAAAGAAAAAGAACAUAAAACCACCAACAAAAACCUUUAACUCAAGAAGUUUGUAAAGGCUGUGUACCUUCACAAUUUGAAUGAAACCUUCAUAGCAACUACCAGAAAAUAAUAAAAUGUAUAUUUUAAGAAGUGUCAAGUCCUACCAAUUUCAUUUGAAAUGUAUAUGCGCUUUGUAGUUUGCAGACUAACAAACACAUGAAAUUAUUUUUUUUAAAAAAAGAAGAUACUUUUUGUCUGGGGAAGGGAAAAGUUGAGGGGGUUGAAGUGGCAUAAGGGUGAUGAAAGGUGGUAUGUAGCUGGCAAGCCCAUCAGAGCCUUGUGUACCUUUGGACAAGUCUUCUCAGCUACACACAGUGUCACAUUGUGCUCCAUUGAAGGACUCGAGGAGUGUCCUGUCAGCCUUCCCAGCCAAGAAAGGCAUCCAAAGGCACUGAAAGAGUUGCUGACUAUUGUUGCUGCAGAGGCAAUUGACUUAGAGACAUUCUGAACCCUUCCUGAAGAAGCAGAAGCCGGGGAGAGGUGGAUGAGGGAGCAGCCAGGGACUGCAGCAGCAGCAGGCUUAAGGCUCCUUUGUCUGCAUUAGAGGAAAACUGCAUCACACCACCAGCAUCUCCUCUGCUGAUCUGCUGCAAUGAGGACGGGAGAGGAAGUGUGGGCAUGAGCAUGUGAGCCCAGAGACUUGUCUGCAGGAUCAAGCACACACUAUGGGAAGGCAUGGAGAUGGACAGGCACAGCAGGUGCUGCACGGGAUGGUGGCUGCUGGAGGCAACAUCAGCUGAGUGUGGAUGGAGCCAUCCCUGGGAAAGCCGCUCCAUGGCCCAGCCGAGCGCAGGCAGGGCUCAGGCCCUUUGUUCCCGGCUCCAGCACUGGGCAAGGAGGGACUCUGGAUAUGCCUUCGAUUACGAUUGUUCUGUCACUGCCUUAGCUGUCCUGUGCCGUGCUUGGUGAUGACCAUGGGGUUGUUCUCCUGAGCAGACUGCUCUGUACUCAGCCACCUGGCCUGCAUUCUCCAGUAGAUUCACCAAGCUGGCAGCAUAACAACAGAGCUGUUUGGUACCUGUGGUGUCCCACUGCAAGAUGUCUGAACACCUCACAUUUGCUCAGAAAAUCUGCCCUUGCACAGUCCAGCAAGAGGGUUGCGAAGUCCUGGGGACUUGCCAGUUCAGUUCACUACUUGGAAAGUAUUUUGCCAGGUUACAGCUAUGGUUUAAACACUUGAGGUGAAAGCUGGUGGUGGGGAGUGGAAUCAUGGGUUCACCAGCGGCCUUAGUGCAUCAGAGGCUCUGUUUGGAGGUUCAGAUACUGCCCUGAUACCUGUGUGUUACACUCUUUUGGGUAUUGUUUUGAAAAUGAGAGUGGGAAGCUCAGUUCUUGGCUGAUAGGGGUAAAACAUGUUCCAGUGGGUAGGAGUUGGACCCAGAGUCAAGGAGUGCAUUUUUAAGCAAAGAAUGGUGCUUUCUCACCACUUCAAUCCCCUGCACAGGAGCUGUACCCUAGAGCUGCUGCUCCUCAGGAUGGCCAUGCCAGCAUCAGCAGGGCAUGCAUGGCCACAAGCUGGGGUGCUCACUGGCAGACUAAACAACUGAAAGUCUCAGACCUGCUUACAGCAGGUCUGACAAAGUGACCACAGCAACCUUUUCUGCCCUGAAAAUAUCUUAAUUCCUGGUAGGUUAAGAAAUGACCCUGUACUGGUAUAGCUCAGUGUUGCUAAACCCAUCUUUGGAGGGUUUUGAAACAGAUAUCCAAGAGCAGAUGGUACUAAUCACUGCUGUAGCAACAUACUCGGCUCCUGGUUUCCUGGUUUCUAAAGGCCUGUUUUGGCAAGACUUUUUAAAAGCUAUUUGAAAAAGACAAACUUUUGACGCCCAGUUCUGUGUAAAAUCUCUUUAGUUUUGCCAACGGCAUUUAUUUGUAGAGACCCUGCAUAUUGUAGAGGCUACUGCUUGUUCCUGGCAAUUCCCUAGAAUGGAAACUUGAACCAAUGAUAUUUGUAAUGAAUGUGCAAUAAAUCUGUGGAAAAGC